CUCUUAUAGUCUUCGUAGGUGCUGUAGGCAAAGAUUUCCAGCAGUUUGACGCUGUUGGCGUGUGGACCGUUCCUAAUAUCCUCCACACACUUGCACUCCAGUAGCUCGCUGAAGACGUACACGCCGCUCGUCUCGGUGGCGUGUUUUAUGAGCUCAGCCACUGCAGAGCCCUUGGCCGACUUUGCCAGCAGCAGGAACUGCUCCAGGGACUGACAGCUGAUCAGCGUCGGUGCUGGAGGAUCCUCCAUGCCGGUUAUAGCUGCUGAAAACAAGCAGUUCCUCGCUUCAUGAACACUCACUUGCCAACCGUGCAAAAUUAUUCAGAGGGAAAGAGGUUAAAUAGCUCACGUGUAAUCACGCGAUACCGGUGUGCUUACGUCAGCACACAAACACCGAUCGUGUGCAAUGGCCACGGCAUCUUCGACGAAAAGACUGCGACAGGACUAUCUGCGGCUACAAAGGGACCCCGUCCCCUACGUAGAGGCGACGCCGCUGCCCUCCAACAUACUGGAAUGGUAGGUGGACUCGCUCUAGCCGUGUCAACCACACGAUGACACUGUUUCCUCCUCCCACCUUUCGUCUCUCUUCUCUUUUCCUGCUUGCUGCUCCCUUAGGCACUAUGUUGUGAAGGGGCCUGAAGAUACACCCUACCACGGAGGAUUUUACCAUGGAAAGUUGAUAUUUCCCAAGGACUAUCCGUUCAAACCGCCGAGGAUCAUGAUGAUGACGCCAAACGGACGGUUUCAGACGAACACGAGGCUCUGUCUCUCGAUCAGUGAUUUCCACCCAGAUCUCUGGAACCCAGCCUGGUCCGUAGCCACCAUCCUUACUGGACUCCUCAGCUUUAUGGUUGAAACAACGGUUACCCUAGGCAGCAUAGAAACUCCGGUCGAAGUAAAGAAGCAGCUGGCAAUAGCCAGUUGGUCCCACAAUCUCCGGGACAGAAUUUUCACUCAACUCUUCCCACAUCUCUGUGACGAAAUAACGCAGAAGAAAGAAGAGUAUGAGAAGAAAAUGGCGGAGAGGGCGGCCAGACAGGCAUCGCUGAGGUCCACUCUGGCCUCUAGUCACCAUAGUAACCUAGUGGUGGAACACGGCUACUGUAACGGUGUUUUUGGUAACGCCGUACUUUUUGCCUCCCUCGCGGGGUUUGUCUACAUUGUCCACUACAUGGUCACGAAUAUGGUUUAAUUGUCAGCAAAGCUACUGUACGUUUACAGCAUCAUCCUUGUAUCUCUCUCUUUAUAACAACAAGUCUCAUUAUAAGUGGAUAGCCAGAGGUAUGAUGGAGUGUAGUAAACAGUAAAGUUAAAGCUAUAAAUGUUGUGGUAAGGGACUGGAGAAGGCACUGUUUGGUAUAUAAUAUACCAGCUAUAAUUAUA